GAAGGCCCGUGUUGUGAGUGACUGAAGUCAUGGCUUACUGGAUCCAGCUUCGUUGGAGAAUCUGGUUGUUGGUUCCACUGGCCCUGGAUCAUCUCGCACUUGCUGAAGAUCCAAAGCCCACCAGAUGGCCUCUUUACCCUCAGAAGCCUGUGGUUCUGGUCUGGAACGCCCCAACAGAAGACUGCAGUCCUCGGCACAAUGUCCACUUCCAGCUCGAUCAAUUUCAGAUCGUGGCCUCUCCGAAUGAAGGCUUCACCAAGCAGAACCUCACCAUAUUCUACAAACACUGCCUGGGCCUGUAUCCAUACUUUGAGGCCGGUGUGGCCGUGAAUGGUGGACUACCGCAGAUCUCCAGCCUCACGCACCACCUAGAGAAGAUGCCGGAGGGGAUCGCGAAGUACAUUCGCAACCCGUCGGUGCGAGGCCUGGCCGUGAUCGACUGGGAAGAAUGGCGUCCGAUUUGGAUACGGAAUUGGGAUGCCAAAGACAUUUACAAGAACCAGUUGCAGCGCUUAGUGGCCCAGAGAAACCCGAGCUGGACUUCAACCCAGAUAAACAAAGUAGCCCAGCAGGAGUUCGAGAUGUCCAGCCGUAAAUUCAUGCUAGAGACGUUACGGCUGGCCAAAAGCUUGCGUCCCAACCAGCUUUGGGGCUUCUACCUCUUUCCUGACUGCUACAACCACGACUACCACAACAGUCUGGAGAACUACACGGGACGCUGCCCGGAUGCGGAGGUGGCCAGGAACGACCAGCUGAAAUGGCUGUGGACUGAAAGCACGGCCCUGUUUCCAUCCGUAUAUAUGAGCUCUGGGUUGCGUUCGACAUCCUCCGGUCGCCAGUUUGUCCGAAACCGGGUGAAGGAGGGAAUGAGAUUGGCAUCGGUGGGAGAGGGACUGGCACGUCCUGUUUUUGUCUACAGCCGCCCUACUUAUGCCAAUGAGCUGGAACUGCUGACAGAGAUGGAUUUGGAGUCCACCAUCGGAGAAAGUGUGGCUCUGGGUGCAGCAGGUAUCGUUCUCUGGGGUGAUGCUGCUUAUGCCAGCAGCAAUGACACUUGUUCCAGUUUAAACCAGUACUUGCGGGGUCCACUGGGCCUUUACCUCCUCAACGUUUCCACGGCAGCUGAGCAUUGCAGUCGCUUCCUGUGCAGCUCCCACGGCCGAUGUCUGCGCAGACAUCCGGACACGGACACGUAUCUAUAUCUUGACCCACAGACACACACGAUAGUAGGCCAGGGGAGCGAACUGCGUGUGAAGGGAGAUCUGAGCGUGGAAGAGCAGCAGCGGAUGAGCGAAGACUUCCAGUGCCAGUGUUUUAGUGGGUAUCAGGGUGAGAGAUGUGACCUCGAGGACCCUCUUCAGCAGCGAGGAGAUGGACAUGCACUGCAUUUACUGACCUGAGCACACGCCAUAGACACUUUAACUCAUUUUCUGGCUUAUGAAAUGUUUGGCUGGUCAGUGCGCUCCAAAUGCUUUUGUGAAAAGGUCCUUCACCUUAAAAUUGAAAUUUAUAUGUAUAAACACAGGAAACUCAGAGUUCUUUGGAGUUUAAAUAAGCACUUUUGUUUGUUGUCACACAUUAUACUCUCACAACAUUUGAGCCAGAUGUAGGAUAUUGUGCAACAGGAAAAUCAAAUGAAAAUUUAUGACUAACGGACGAGUGGAUUCAUUCAGAAGUCACUGUUAAAACAAUUUGAACCGGUGGACAUUUGGUUUUAAGUGGCUUUGGUUUGAGUGUAGAUUUGAGAUGACACUAUAAAGAUGUUGGUUAUUGUAGUAGAAAAAUUCAUUAGUAUUUUUGUGCUUAUGAAACAUUACAUAGUGCAUGUGUUUUCUUAGAACUGCUGUGUAGUCACAGUGAGAGAUGGGUUUGGGGCCUAAGCUUAAGAUGUAUGGGUGACAAGAGGUCCACAGGGCCAUAUUGAGCUGAGAGGAGGACAACUGGCAGACUCAAAGGCAUCUGCCCAUGACCUAGGGGGUCAUCUAGGCCCUAAAUAUAGGGGGAACCAGUCUUUAGAAGAAUGAUAUAGUAUUGCGUUUUUGACUUUCUUUCCAUGUGUGGAAAAGUACAGCUGUUAAGAGUUUGUAACCUUGACUUGGAAAAGAGGUAUAAAGCGCAGGAUUGCCCUCCCUUCCUUGUCACACUCUGCAGCGACUUGUAUCCUGUACGAUGUUUGACCUUCUUUGCAAAGAAUAAAACCUUUAA